UGGUUGAGGGAGGGCCUGACUGGGUUCUGGGGUUGGCUGCCGCCUCUUUUCUCACUCACACUCUCUCAGGAGGCAGGAAGUUGGGGUUGGACGUGGGUUGGGUGCUGAGAAGGCAAAUUGAGGCAGCGAUAAGGAACUGGGCGCCUCAUCCAUCCUCUGGGUGGUGAUGGAGCCUCUGGACCAGAAGAACCAUGUGAGCCAGGCCCAGUAAACACACCAGGCAGGAGCCCACCAGAGGCAGGCACCAUGGGCUGCAGCUGCAGCUCCAGCCUCGAAGAGGACUGGAUGGAAAAUAUUGACGUGUGUGAACGCUGCCAUUAUCCUAUUGUGCCUUUGGAUGCCAAGAGCAUGUUCCCAAUGAGGAAUGGUUCUGACAUCCGGGAUCCCUUGGUCACCUAUGAGGGUUUAAACCCACCUGUGUCUCCAUUACAAGAUAACCUGGUCAUCGCCCUGCACAGCUAUAAGCCUUCCCAUGAUGGAGACUUGGGCUUUGAGAAGGGGGAGCAGCUGAAGAUCUUGGAGCAGAAUGGAGAAUGGUGGAAGGCACAAUCCUUGACCACCGGCCAAGAGGGCUACAUUCCCUUCAACUUCGUGGCCAAAGCAAACAGCCUGGAGCCUGAGCCUUGGUUUUUCAAGGAUCUGAGCCGGAAGGAUGCUGAGAGACAACUUUUGGCCCCUGGGAACACCCAUGGAUCUUUCCUCAUCAGAGAGAGUGAGACCACUGCAGGGUCCUUCUCUCUGUCUGUGCGGGAUUUCGACCAGAGCCAGGGGGAAGUGGUGAAACAUUAUAAGAUCCGCAACCUGGACAAUGGUGGCUUCUACAUUUCCCCACGAAUCACCUUUCCUAAUCUGCAUGAACUGGUCCAGCAUUACUCCAAAGUCCCAGAUGGGCUAUGCACUCGACUGAGCCGGCCCUGCCAGACCCAAAAGCCACAGAAGCCCUGGUGGGAAGAUGAGUGGGAGGUUCCCCGAGAGACGCUGAAGCUGGUGGAGAGGCUGGGAGGCGGCCAGUUUGGGGAAGUCUGGAUGGGGUACUACAAUGGGCACACCAAGGUGGCAGUGAAAAGCCUGAAAGCGGGCAGCAUGUCCCCAGAUGCCUUCCUGGCAGAGGCCAACCUGAUGAAACAGCUGCAACACCAGCGACUGGUACGCCUUUAUGCAGUAGUCACGCAGGAGCCCAUCUACAUCAUCACCGAAUACAUGGAGAAUGGGAGCCUGGUAGACUUCCUCAAAACUUCAACAGGGGUCAAACUAACCAUCCACAAAUUGCUGGAUAUGGCUGCACAGAUUGCUGAGGGCAUGGCCUUCAUUGAAGAACGGAACUACAUCCACCGGGACCUUAGGGCCGCCAACAUCCUAGUAUCGGACUCACUGAACUGUAAGAUUGCCGACUUUGGGCUGGCCAGGCUAAUUGAGGACAAUGAAUACACAGCUAGGGAGGGAGCAAAGUUUCCCAUCAAGUGGACAGCUCCUGAGGCCAUCAACUAUGGGACAUUUACCAUCAAAUCAGAUGUCUGGUCUUUUGGCAUCCUGCUGACAGAAAUUGUCACCUAUGGAAGGAUCCCCUACCCAGGAAUGACCAACCCGGAGGUGAUUCAGAACCUGGAGCAGGGCUAUCGGAUGGUAAGACCUGACAACUGUCCAGAGGAGCUGUACAAACUGAUGAUGCUGUGUUGGAAGGAGAGGCCUGAGGAUCGGCCCACUUUUGACUACCUGAGGAGUGUCUUGGAGGACUUCUUCACUGCUACAGAGGGCCAGUAUCAGCCCCAGCCAUGACCUUCCUACUUCCUGUCCCAGUCCUUGGUCCCCACUUUACCUUUGCUUCUUAAAUUCCCACCCAGAUUGAGACAGGGAUGAGUCUGGGGGAAGACAAAGAGCAUCCAAAGAGCAUCCUGCCUAAGGUUACCCUCUCCAGUCAAGAUGAAGGAAUGGGGCUCCAAUAGUUUGGUCAACAUGCUUGUUUCUUCUUAACCUGCCAGGGAAGGAAGACAAGAGAAAACUUGGGAUUGGACUCAUCCUUUGUAUAUUCUGCCCCCAACACUUUGUCUCCCAGACUGACCUCCCCAACUCUUCUUCCUGAUUUCCCAGAGUCAGAGGAGAAUCCUGGACUUUACCUCAGCAUUUUGACUCUUUUGUCUAUGUGUUCACCUAGACUGACUCAUUGUCUCCCCCCACAAAAUUCACAUUCUCAACAAUCUUUUGAGGAUAGGGAUUGUUCUACCUUACCAUGUCUCUCUCAGUCCCUGCCCUGCACAUAGAAAACAUACUAUAAACAUUAGCUAAGAACAAUGACUCUUUCUAACCCAGCACCACCCCUCCACCUCUCCAAGGUAGGCUCAGCUGCACUCCUCCCUGCGCUGUGAGGAAAAAAGGUGCAGAAAAGAGUAGUAGGAUACAGUGAGGCAGUUAGGUGGCAUAGUGGAUAGAAAACAGCCUGGAGCCAGGAAGACCUGAGUUUAAAUCUAGCCAUAGAUACACUUACUAGCUAUGUAAGCCUAGCCAAGUUUGUCUGAGUUUCCUGAUCUAUAAGAUGAGCUGAAGAAGGAUAUGCAAACCACUUUAUUUUCUUUGCCAAAAAAAACCACAAAUGGGGUCAAAAAGAGUUGGAUAUAAUUAAAAUGUUGUUUGGGAUAGAGGAAAGGGUGGAAAUAGGAUCCUUAGAGUUUAUGGGGAUGCAUCCCUACACUAAGAAACUUAUUGGCUAUGUAAUUUUAGGCAAGUCCUCUUUCUGAGACUGAGUUUUCUCAUCUUUAAAAUGGAUAUAAUCUUUUUUUAAUAAUAGCUUUUUAUUUUGAAAAUAUAUGCAAAGAUAGUUUUCAACAGUCACCCUUGCAAAACCUUGUGUUCCAAAUGUUUCUCCCUCCUUUCUCCCCACCCCCUCCCCUAGACACCAAGUAAUCCAUUAUAGGUUAACAUGUAUAAUUCUAUACACAUUUCCACAUUUAUCAUGCUGUACAAGAAGAAUCAGAUCAAAAAGGAAAAAAAAAGUGAGAAAGAAAAAAAAAAAAACAAGCAAACAACAGAAAAGGUGAAAAUACUAUGUUGUGAUUUACAUUCAGUCCCCACAGCCUUCUUUAUGGCUGCAGAUGACUCUCUCCAUCACAAGACCAUUGGAACUGGCCUGAAUCAUCUCAUUGUUGCAAAGAGCCAAAUCCAUCAGAAUUCAUCAUCAUAUAAUCUUGUCAUUGUGUACAAUGUUCUCUUGGUUCUACUCACUUCACUUAGCAUCAGUAAGUCUCUCCAGAUCUCUCUGAAAUCAUCCUGCUGAUCAUUUCUUGCAGAACAAUAAUAUUCUAUAACAUUCAUAUAUCGUAACUUAUUCAGCCAUUCUUUAACUGAUGGGCAUCCACUCAGUUUCCAGUUUCUUGCCCCAUUUUUAUAUAUGUGGGUUAUUUUCCCUUUUUUAUGAUUUCUUUGGGAUUCAGAUCCAGUAAAGACACUGCUGGAUCAAAGGGUAUGCACAGUUUGAUAGCCCUUUGGGCAGAAUUCUAAAUUGCUCUCCACAAUGGUUUGAUCAGUUCACAACUCCAUCAACAAUUUAUUAGUGUCCCAGUUUUCCCACUUCCCCUCCAACAUAAUCUUGUAAAUAGUAAUCAUUUCUGUUUUGGCCAGAAACCCUGAGGGUUUCCUCCCCCAGACUGGAUUUUUUGGAUUUUGUGACUAGGUAAUAGAGGCCAUUUUUAAACUUCAUUUUUUUCUUAACUAGCCUCAGUCACUGAAUGGGCAGUUGCUUUAGUCAAACUGAAACCUGUCAAAGACCUUAGCUUUUAAAGACCAAAGUAUCCCACUGUAUUCAGGGUCAUUUCCAAUUGUCCUGAUCUAUAUCUUGCCACUGGAUCCAGAUGGCUUUGGAGGAGAGAGGUUGGUGACUUUGCAUGGCCCUCCCUCAGUUUAAUCCAAUUCAUUUGCAUGUCAUGGCAUCAUCUCCCCAAUGUCACAGUCUUCUUCAAGGAUGAAGGACAAACUAUAAUUUCUGUGAGUAGAGCUGCCCCACUGGGGACCAACUGAAACUGGUCAAUUGUCCAGACAUACUGGUCUGGGGUGUGGUCCUGGAGAUGGGUAGGGCAAUUGAGGGUGGAGGGAGGAAGGGAGAAGCAAUCAGAAGAGUAAUGGAUAAAUACUUCUUGGUGUUAUUGUAGUGAUGGUGAUGAGAAACCUGGAAUUUGUUCUAGAUGGCCCCUUAAUCUUCAGGCCAUAGAGGAUUGGUUAGAUGAUUUCUAAGGUCCUUGGAGACUCCGACCCAUAAUGGUCAUAGCUCUCCUCCCUUCCUUCCUCUCUUUAUUACUUUCAGGUGCUUUGCCCAAAGGGAUGAUUUUUUUUUUUUGAUUGUUGAAACCCCCCCAAGAUAUCUUGGGUUUACCAGCAAGAUUUUGUUAAAAGACCAUACUUUAAACUCAAAUCAGUCUGGCUGUCACUGAUUGGCCAACAAUAAGUCUCAGGCCAAGCCCCACUUGGUCAUUGUUUGGCCUCUGAUUAACUCAGAGUGAAUGGAAAUAAUAAUUGUUUCUAUUUUGGCCAGAAAUUCUAAGGACCUGACCUUCCCAGAAUGGAUUUUUUUGUUUUGUGAGCAGGUAAUAGAAAUCAUUCUUUGUCUUAUUUCUUUCUUAACUAUCCUUAAUCACUGAAUGCUCAGUUGCCUCAGUCAAACCUCAAUUUGAUCUGUCAGAUCAUAGCUACCAAAGUAUCUCACUUCAUCCAGGGCCAUCUCCAAUUGUCCUGAUCUAUUACUUGCCACUGGACCCAGAUGGCUUUGGAGGAGAGAGGUUGGUGACUUUGCUAAGCCCUCCCUCACUUAAAUCCAAUUCACAUACCUGUCCCAGCAUCCUCUCCCUGAAGUCACAAUCUUUAGCAAGAACAAAGGACAAACAACAAUCUUGUGUUAUUCCCUCCCAGACUAAGGUAGGAGAAAGUGACUUGGGAGCUUAGAGUGCUAAGGAAGAUUCGGCCGAUGCAUCUUCCAACAAAAGGUAUUUGUGCUUUGAGAGAUCCACAUAACCCUUGGCAGGAGAGAGCCAGAACCUGGCCAGGAAGUGCCAAGAGCUUCCCGAGUUCCCGCUUUCCCCACUACAGAUGAGUCCCUUGAACAAUGGUGUUCCCCUACUGAGUAAGAGUAAAUCUUCCAUCCUGAACCUCUGAUCUCAUCCUAGAAUAAUAAUGAUAGCUUAAUUACACAGUGCUUUCCAGUCAUGGAGCAAUAAUAAUAAUAAUAAUAAACAUAUACAUGUGGAUUUAAGAUUUGCAAUAUGAUAAACAUGCAUUGUCUAAUUCAAUCUUGAUGAUUUUACAGAUGAGGAAACUGAGAGAGGCUGAGAGAAGCAAGUGAAUGAGGGAUUUGAAUUUAUAUCUUCCUGACUUCACUCUAUCCACUGUGCCACCUAAGUGCCUUAAAAGAACAAAUUUUUUAAAAAAAGUCUUUAGAUUUUAAAUGUCACCAAGCAAUUUCUUCCCAAUGUUGGGCUUCUUAUGGCAGCAAAUAUCUGGAAUCCCUGCUAAUGGGAAAAGUGAGGUUAGUAGAUUAUUUGAGAGUUCUGAGAUAGAGGGAAUUAAAAUCAGUUGGGUGGCCACACUAAUUCCAGCACCAAGUCAGGGAGUUGAUGGGAGCUAGGAAGUUUGGAUUGCUAGGUGGCUAUAGUCCGGAGUAAGAAAGACUUGAGGACAAAUAUAAGCUCAGACACUUAUUAGUUGUUUAACUCUGUGCUAAUAAAUCACUUACCUGCUCUCUGCCUCAAUUUCCUUAACUGUAAAAUUGAGAUAAUUAUAAUGCCUACUUCCUAUGCUUGUAGUGAGGAUCAAAUGGGAUAACAUUUGUACAGUGUUUAGUACAUAGAUUAUUUUAAAAUGCUUAUUCUUCUGAUCUUUGCUUUUUUCCCUACUUUCUGAGUCUUAAUUUCCUCAUCUACAAAAUAGAGAUAAUAGCACCAGAAGGGACCUACAAGACGAUUUGGUCCAAACACCUCAUUUUACAGAUGAGGAAACUGACAUCUAAAGUGAUUAUGAGAGAUUUGCCCAAGAUCACUCCCAUUUUAAGUAACACAGUUUGGAUUUGAACCUAGAUUCUGUGAUUUACAGAACAAAGGUUUUUUCAUGGUAUCAUUAUGCGACUCAAAUGAGAUUGAAUUGGUAAAAUGCUUCAAAAGUUUUAAAGCCCUACAUGUAAAUUAUUGUGAAUAUUGUUAUUAUCUAUCCAACUCCCUCAUUUUUCAGAUAGGAAACUGAAAACUAGACAGGUGGAAUAACUUCCCCAAGAUCAAUUGGCCAAGUCAGCUAAGUAUAGCCAGGAUUUUAAUGCAGGGUUCUUGCCUGAUUUCAUCAACUGCACAUAGUAGGUGCUUAAUGAUGAAUGAAAUUAGAUCCUCAUAUUAUAAUCUAUUGCUGAAUUAUUCAAUUAACUUUUUAAUGUUCCCUGAAAAAGACCUUUUUCCUGUCCUCCCAGAUUUCCCUUUCCCAGGCAAUUCUCUAUUCUGAUUAUUAUUUGGUAGAAGGUGUUAUUUUACUGGGUAUUCUUUACUUAAGUGAAACCAUAGGUCUGGGUAUUAUAGAGAGAGAGAGAACAAGAGAGAGAAGGGGAGAGAGAGAGAGCAAGAAAAGAAAUGCCAUAAGGAAAUCAUAGACAAGAAAAUCCCAGAAUACAUCAAAAUACUUACAGUAGCAUAUAUUUGAGGGCAGUAAAGGACAGAAAACAAAGUAGAUGACUAUUCAUUGAGGAAUGGCUGAUUGGUCUUUAAAAUAAUUUUGUUAUAUAAAAAAUAUAUAUAAUUUUUAACAUUAAUUUUUAAAAUUUUGAAUUCAAAAUUCUCUCCCUCCUUCCCCUCUUUUCUCUUUGAGAAGGCAAGCAAUUUGAUAUCUAUUAUACAUGUACAGUCAUGCAAAACAUGUCCAUAUUAGCCCAUGUUGUGAAAGAACUGGUCUUUGGAAGUAAGGGAAUAUGCCUGUGCUCUAAGAAAGGACCAAUUAUGAUGAAUACAGAGAAACAUUGAAAGACUUACAUGGACUGGUAUAGUGUGAAGUAAGCAGUGCCAAGAAAAACAAUUUACACAACGACUAUAACAAUGUAAACAAAAAUAACCACAAAACAAUUAAAAGUAAUUGUAGCAGAAUGACAAAGAAAAA